AUGCGUCUUUCAAGCUUGCCCGAAGGCAACAUGUCGCUCAGUUUCGGCGUCGCCUGUAUACUGGUGGUUUUGGGGUUUUACGUUUACUUGGUGCCAAAUACUCUGAAGGACAUUCGAAGACGAAAGCUCCCACCAGGCCCGCGCGGUCUGCCACUGGUAGGCAAUCUCUAUGAUUUGGCCGACUCGGAGCAGGUCCGAGUAAAGGUCCGCGAAUGGCAUCGCAAAUAUGGCGACAUCUUCCAUACCCAGAUUGGCGCCACCGAUUACGUCUGGCUCUCCUCGCCCAAGGUGGUCAAAGAAUUAAUGGACAAGAGAUCCGGCAUCUACUCGUCGCGCCCGCACCUACCGCUUGCUCAGGAUGUGGCGAGUGGGAAAUCGCGGCAGCUCUUCAUGGCUUACGGACCAGACUGGCGGGCCUUGCGAAAACAUAGUCACGCGCUCCUCAAUCAGACUGCAUCGCGAAAGUACCAGCCGGUACAGGAUGCCGAAUCCAAGGUUGUGUUGUGGGAUCUUUUGGAGCGCCCCGAUCAGUUCUACAUGAUUAAUCGCCGGUACUCGACGUCGGUCAUCAUGUCGGUGGCUUAUGGCCAUCGCAUCCCAUCCUUUGAGGAUCCCUUGAUCACCAAAAUCUUUAGCGUCCUCGAGCACCUCUCCAUCAUGAUGGCUCCCGGUGCCUUUGCCGUGGAAACCUUCCCAACACUGGCCCACUUGCCCGAGUGGAUGUUUGGGAACUGGCGCACGUGGGGCAAGAACGCCUUUGCUCACGACAGCAAAAUAUACCUGGACUUGUGGGAGACCUUGAAGAGGGACACGGACCAAGGAACAGCCAGAGACUGUUUCUGCAAGGACUUUUACCUCAGCUCACCCGCCGACAAUGGCAUCAAUGACUUGCUUGCGGCGUACACGUGCGGCGGACUCAUCGAAGCUGGCUCCGAGACAACGGCCACCACAAUCAACAACUGGACCUUGGCAAUGACUCUGUAUCCAGAGGUCAUGAAGAAGGGCCAAGAAGAACUCGAUAGAGUCGUCGGCCCAGAGCGGUUACCCCAGUGGGACGACGAGAACAAUCUCCCGUAUAUUCGUGCCAUGAUCAAAGAAACGCUCAGGUGGCGACCUGUCAAUAAGUUCGGCAUGUAUCAUGCCUCUACUCAGGAUGAUUGGUAUAAUGGGCACUUUAUCCCAAAGGAUUCGGUGGUUGUGCUCAAUUGGUGGGCGAUACAACGUGAUCCGUCUCUUUAUGAGAGGCCAGAUGAGUUUGAACCAUCGCGCUAUUUCGAGAGCCCGCUCUCUGCGGCAGAAUACAUGAACGUGAACGAUCCCUACGAGCGAGACCACUUUUCGUACGGUGCUGGCCGACGCGCUUGUCCGGGUGUGCACUUGGCCGAAAAGUCGCUCUUCAUUGUCAUCUCGCGCACGUUAUGGGGGUUCAAUGUCGAAAAAGCAGUUGGCACAGACGGCGAUGUGAUUGAGCCCGAAACCAAGAUGAUGCCUGGGUUCCUGAGUGUUCCGGAACCGUUUAAAUGCAGCAUCACAUGUCGGUCGCGGGCACAUGAAGUUUUGAUCCGGAGUUCAUUCGAGGAGGUUCAGGCCCAAGGGAUAUAA